AUGAGCGAUCUAGAUAAAGCCAUCGCCCAGUUACGAGCAUGCCGUCCUAUACCCGAAGCACAAGUGCGAGAGCUAUGUCACAAGGCGAGGGAACUUUUGAUUGAGGAAGGCAACGUGGUCACCGUGAAAGCUCCAGUAACGAUAUGUGGAGACAUUCAUGGACAAUUUCACGAUUUGAUGGAGCUAUUCAGAGUCGGUGGGGAUGUGCCAGACACAAAUUAUCUCUUUAUGGGCGAUUUCGUCGACCGUGGCUUCUACUCUUUAGAAUCUUUUCUUCUCCUUUUAUGUCUUAAAGUACGAUACCCAGAUCGCAUGACUCUGAUAAGAGGAAAUCAUGAGUCGCGACAAAUCACAACCGUCUAUGGCUUUUAUGACGAAUGUUUAAGGAAGUAUGGGAGUGCAAAUGUGUGGCGAUAUUGUUGCGAAGUAUUCGACUAUCUAGCUUUAGGUGCGAUAGUAUUAGGUGCAACAACCCAACUCGAACCAAGCAGGCAACCAGUGACGGCCCCUAGCCGCUCAUCAACUCAAGAAUAUCUUGAUCCGGACGUCGAAAUCGAGGUGCUAGACAGCGGUGGCAGCAUUAUACAAAGAUUCCCGAGGGCAAAUAAGCGGGCGGCAAGGGCAAAUAGUCCUUCAAAAGACUCGUCGUCGCCUAGCAGCAAGACCGGCCCUCCAGGCACGAGUGCUUCGGGGUGGACUAGAGGAACUACAGGAAGCACCAGUGGAGCCGUACUUUGUGUUCAUGGCGGUCUCUCCCCUUUGAUCGAUACGGUGGAUAAGAUAAGACUGCUGGACCGUAAGCAAGAGGUUCCUCAUGAAGGUGCCAUGUGUGAUCUUCUCUGGUCAGAUCCCGACGAGAUUGAUGGCUGGGGGCUUUCUCCUAGAGGGGCCGGGUUCCUUUUCGGUGCCGACAUUGUAAAGCAAUUCAACCACAAGAACGAUUUGUCAAUGAUAGCCCGAGCACAUCAAUUGGUCAUGGAGGGGUUCAAAGAAAUGUUCGACAGCAGCAUCGUCACAGUAUGGUCAGCACCAAAUUAUUGCUAUCGAUGUGGCAACGUAGCAGCGAUACUGGAACUUGCGGAAGAUGGUAUGGGCGAGAGCGCACACUCGAGAAGUAAUGGAGAGGUAAAUCGGAGUAACGGCGGGUUCAAAAAAGAGAAUGACCGGACCCUGCUUGCUGGACCAGCGCGAAGAUAUCGAGUAUUCCAGGCCGCGCCGCAAGACUCCAGAGGCAUGCCAGCUAAGAAGCCUUCUAGCUUUUAUUUCUUGUAG